AUGGCUUACUCUGAAUUUCUCCGGGGAUUAAGGCAUAAUGGCUUUGAAUUUGACCUGGUAAGGAAAAAGAUUCGGACAUGCCUAGGUGUUUUGCGGGAAGCCGAAGCUUAUAUUGAUGCAGCGGACUUUUGUUCGCUCACAAAAUCAGAAUCGCCGGCCAAGGGGGAUGAGAAGAAACAAUCUUCUCAGCAAGACUCGGCCGGCCAAAAGAAAGAAGGAAAAAAGAGAAAAGAAGUCUGGGUGGCCGACGGCCAGCCGCAAAAAUUCAAGAAGGCCAAGACGUACGAGCCCCAGUAUGAGUUCAACAAGGACUGUUAUUCCAUCCUGAUGGAAAUCAAAGAUAAGUUUGAGUUUGAAAAGCCCCAGCCGCUGAGAGGCCCGGCUCAGUACAAGAACAAGAACAAGUACUAUCAUUACCACAAGGACGUGAGACAUGACACGAACGAUUGUAUCAAUUUGAAGAGAUUGUUGGACAAGCUAGCCGAGAAGGGCAUGCUGAACUCCUAUGUGAUGAAGUCAAAGCUUUGUGGCCUUGAUAUCGGGAGGCUUUGCCUCGGGCGGUCCAACUAUGAAAGGGAUCAAGAGGACGCUUGGAACUUUGGAAAGGUGAUGCAAACGGAUGCUGUAAAGGCCGAAUCCUUUCCCAAAGUAACCAUCAGCGAGGCUGACCGGGGAGAGGUCAAAGCCCUGCACAAUGAUCCUAUAGUAUUCAUUAUGAAGAUAACCAAUCUGAAAGUCGAACAAAUAUUGAUUGAUACGGGUAGCUCGGCCGACAUUAUCAGCCUGGCCGCCUUGAAGAAUCUAAGCUUCCCAGAGGAUGCUCUUCAAGACAUCACUCACCCGUUGGUAGGAUUUAAGGGUAAUGUUAUCCACCCAGUUGAGCGGAUAGACCUACUCGUCCGAUUAGGGCAAAAAUGGGAAGGGAGAGAUAUGGUUGUCCGCUUCCUGGUUGUAAAAAAGCUGACUGGAUAUAACUUCAUACUCGGCCGUCCUACACUGAAUGCAUCUAAGGCAUUCAUUAUACCUCAUCUAAUGUUGCUAAAGUUUGAGAGGACGGACAGGAAAAUUGGAACAAUCCAAGGAAGUCAGAAAAUGGCUAAGGAAUGUAAUCAGUUGGCCGUUAAGCCUACCACACGCGGACCAAAAUCGUCCGAGCCAAAAGAAGAAGGAACCUCACUCCCAGCAUACCAGGUUGGCCAGAAGCGUAAGGCGGCCAAGAUAGAGCAAGAAUAA